GCUUCUGUAGGUCUGCUGUUCCAUGAAAGCAUUACACAGUCUGAAAGGGAUCGUUUAGAGAGCAUUUUGACAGAGUUAACCACAUCAUUCAAAACGGAGGAGGAGUUGAAUCAGGAGUAUAUAGAAUAUCAAGAGUUUUCACAAACUGUGUCUGCAGGCCUUCUCAAAGGAGCUGAGAUGAUCGGAGCUGGUAUGGUGAAGGGAGCUGUAAAGACAAGUGAGCUCCUAUUUACAGGAGCUGAUUAUGCUAAAACCUACAUUAAGCCGGAGAAUCCUAGACCUGUGGAUCCUAGGGUUGUGAAGGGACUUGAAGUUGCAAGGAUGGUGAGUAGUGGAGCAUGCAAGGUGUCAGGCUGGAUGGUCAGCAAGGUUGGCAGUGCAACUUUGGCAUUAGGAAGGAUGGCUGCUCCUCACUUGGAACGUGGAGCAAGCAAAGCUAUCACUCACUUCUCAGGACAAUCCAGUGCGGAGUCUAACCAUCAACUAAAAAUAGUUGGUGAGGUUGCUAGUGGAAGUCUAGCUGCUGUAUCUACCCUAUAUAUAGCUUUAGAAAAUAGCUCUAAAAUACUCGCUAAGAAUAUGGCCAACAAUACUGUUAUGAUUGUGUCACACAAGUAUGGAACAGAUGCAGCCGCUGUGGCAGAUGCUGCUUUUGCAACAGCUGGAAAUAGCUACCUAACCUUCUAUAAUACAGCUGCUCUUGGACCUAAGAGCAUUGCGAAAAGAGCUGCUAAGGAUGCUGGUAAAGCUGUCGUGGGAUUUGAUGCUGUAGCAACUAGGGAAAGAGCUGAAAGGGCUCCAGAUCUGAAAAUAGGUGCUGAGGACGUUCUUCAAACUUUUCAAACAGAUAUACCAGCAGAUAAACCAUAUAUACCAGAUAAACCAGCAGAUAAACAGGAGAAGCCACCUCAGUAAAUAUGUAAA